CUUCACAAGUCUGAGGACACACUUCUCACAUUAGUAUUCAGGAGUGAUAAUCACUAAAUCAUGGACAAAACUUCAGGUAGAGUCCUUGGGGCUGACAUACAGAAACUUGUGACAAUACACAGAAAUGCUACAAGACAACUUCAUCUCAUAGACAUGCAAUUGGAAUCCCUCACCAAAAAAGUGUUCAAUGCCCAGGUGAAUGGAGAUCGGGGCCUGAUGUUACGGUUACUGGCUCGCAAGUCAGUGUUGAAUGGAGUGAGGAGAGUCUUUAAUCAAUUCAUACAGAACAAAGUUAGACAAAUAAUGGAGUUAUCUACCCUUACAGCCGAGGAACCAGACAUCAGCACAAUAGUAGAUAUAACAAGCCCUGUGUCAGGUCAUGUAUCGACCUCUGAUGAACUUGUACCAAACAUAACAGAAACUUCCAUUCUGUUUUCAAGAUGUAGUUAAUAGAUCCUUCAGAAAUGAACACAAGAAUGUUUAACAUGUGAACUGGUUUAUAUAUGAUUUUUAUGUGGAGAACUUGAAGACCAGAAAUCCCCGACUAUAAAUAUUAAUUUAAAAAAAAACUAUUUAUUAAUGGAGAAGAUUUCUGAAUAGGAUCCAAGCCAAGCUACAUCUUGGAUCGCU